CGUUACGCCGUUAUCGUCGUUAUCGCCGUCUGUCUUACUGUGUCCGCGUGCCGCCGAGCGUCGUAUACGGCUGUUAUUAUUAUUAUUAAUUAUUUAAACAAAUAUACAUAGAUAUAUUUAAUUGUGAUUGUUACCGUUCGUUUAUUACACGCCGUUAUCGGUUUUUAAUCGGUCUCUAUAUCUAUUUCACUCUCGCGCACAAUAUCUCGGCUCUCUUUAUACGUCGUCUCGAUCUCGGUCCGUUUGUUUCUUACAAUAAUAUUUUUAUUACCACCGUUUAUUGUUGCACUAUCUUUAUAAUAAUACAUAAACAUGUGUAUAGACAGUAUAUUACAUCCGAUCCUGCGCACGCUGUGCGGUUUCUUUACGGGGUCGUCGUGGACGACUAAAGUGACCAUUAAAGAAGACUGCAAGCCUCUUCUUUUGUCCAACGAACAGUUGACCACCCUGAUGAAAGAUAUGAAUGACGCAAUCAACAAGGGUUUGUCAAAAGACACCAAUCCGUCCUCUGUCGUAAAAUGCUACGUUACUUAUGUACAGGACUUGCCAAACGGCACUGAAAGGGGAAAAUUCUUGGCUCUGGAUUUGGGUGGCACCAAUUUCCGCGUGCUCUUGAUUGAAUUGGGAGAGAACAACUACUUCCAUAUGGACUCGGAAAUUUUCAAAGUGCCCGAAUAUAUUCAAACCGGCAAAGGAACAGAGCUAUUCGAUCACAUUGCUAAGUGUUUAGCCGAAUUUGUCAAGAAACACAACGUAGACAGCACAGUGACAUUACCGUUAGGAUUCACAUUUAGUUUCCCGCUUAGGCAAGUAGGACUUACUAAAGGAUAUCUCAACAGCUGGACCAAAGGAUUUAACUGCUCCGGUGUAGUUGACGAAGAUGUCGUCAGACUCUUAAAAGAAGCGAUUAGAAAGCGAAAAGGCCUGAAUCUUCAAGUAACCGCAAUACUGAACGAUGCGACUGGAACUCUUAUGAGUUGUGCUCACAAAACACGUUAUUCGAAAAACUGUUUUGUAGGUUUGAUAGUUGGAACUGGGUGCAACGCUUGUUACGUUGAAAAGGUCGAAAACGCCGAGCUGUUUGAUGGAGAUUCGUCAAAACCUUACGUGAUCAUCAACACUGAAUGGGGUGCGUUCGGCGACGACGGUAAAUUAGCAUCGAUCACCACAAAAUACGACCGUGAAAUCGACGAACUCUCAUUGAAUGCAGGAUGUCAAAGAUUUGAAAAAAUGAUCAGUGGAAUGUACAUGGGCGAGAUUGUAAGGUUAACCAUUGUAGAUUUAGCAAAUCAAAAGAAGUUGUUCGAAGGAAGACUAUCCGAUCAAAUGAAAACCAAAGGAGCAUUCGGCACAUCAUUCAUUUCUGACAUCGAAAGUGACAAAGCUAACUACAAGGAAACGUUGAAAGUCCUCAAUGAAAUGGGAAUCAGCGAUCCAUCAUUAGUUGACUGUGCCAACGUGCGAUACAUCUGCGAGUGCGUGUCCAGACGGUCAGCGCACUUAGUAUCUGCCGGUCUGGCUGUGCUACUCAACAAGAUGAACGAAAAAUCCGUUACCAUCGGAGUGGAUGGUUCGGUUUACAGAUUCCAUCCGUACUUCCAUAAAUUAAUGGUCGAAAAAACUAAACAGUUGGCAAACCCAGACAUCAAAUUUGAUAUGAUGUUGUCCGAAGACGGAAGUGGUCGUGGAGCAGCGCUAGUAGCAGCAGUAGCCGUCAGGGACGAGUUACCAAAAAUGAACGGAGUCGCAGCAGUAUAAUUUGCGAAGACAGUCAGCUAGUGAGUCAGUGUUACCAAAAAAAAAAAAUGCUCGAAGUACAGAAUACAUAUAAUUUUAGCAUUAAUUGAUUCGAUGUUUUAUUAUUAUUUUUUUAUUUAAGAAAAAACGUUUGGUGCUAACGCUAUAUGUGUCUUAGGCGUUUUUACACUAUACGUCGAGUGUUGUUUGUUUUAGAGAUGUCAUUGUUGUCGAGUGUUGAAUUUUGAUUGUUCAUUGUUAAAUACUUUUUUUUUAGACUAUAGAUCAUAAUAAAUUUAUAUUUACAUCAAAUUCCCACUAAAUGCAUCCAAUAUAAUUUUUUAUACCAUAAAUAAUAUAUUUAUAUAUAUUUUAAACAAUAUUAUCUAUAUAUUAUAGUUUUUUAUGAGAAUCUACAAAAUUUAAUAAUAUGUUAUGUAAUUUAUGAUAUACAACUCGGGUGUUAUGUAUCUACGACAAUAAUAGUGAUGAAACCCUACAUAUGCUUAUAUAAAUAUUAAAUUAUACGUAUAUGUGUACGAUCUAGUUAUGAAUUGUUUAAUCGGUUCAACUUUAUUUUUUUAUUAAUUACAACCCAAAAAAAAACUUAGCCGACCCUUUUGCUAAAAUAAUUAUUAGUUCUGUGAACAAUUUUUAUACAGAAAUUUUCCCCCUGUUUUUAUUUUAAAAAUAAUUACUAUACUAGGUAACAGUAUACCUAUCCCCCAUUUGUUAUUUGUAUGUAAACCAUAAGCUGUGUUAGUUAUGUUAUUAUUUUUAUUAUUAUUCUAUGUAAAUUAUUUUUUAUUUAAACUAAAACAAUUGUAAAAGAAAAAAAAGAAAACUAACAUUUAUAUAUUAA